UCGGCGAGGCGCAGCAGCAGCAGCAGCAGCAGCAGCAGCAGCAGCAGCAGCAGCAGCAGCAGCAGCAGCAGCAGCAGCAGCAGCAGCAGCAGCAGCAGCAGCAGCAGCAGCAGGGCCAGUGGCAGCAGAGACAGCAACGGGAUCAGAAGCAGCCGCAGCAGCAGCAGCGGCAGCAGCGGCAGCAGCGGCAGCAGCGGCAGCAGCAGGGCCAAUGGCAUUAG